ACAUACAAUGAUGGGACGACUCACGUAUUUAUCUGCAUAAAACUGGGUUCUUGUUGUUCACAGAGAAAUGCGAUAGCAGUUAGAAACUGUAAUAGUUUCUUUGUUUUUGAACUGAGAAGAUUGCCUAAUUGCGAUAUACGAUAUUGCUUCAAUAAAAACGAUACUCCUCUUGUAACCGUUGCAACAACAACAACAAGUACAACAUCUACAACAGAAUCUACAUCAACAAGUUAUACAACGACAAUGAAAUCAACAACUCCCUCAACCUUUUUCACAUCAACAAGUUACAAAACUACCAGACAGUCAACAACUUUCCCAUCUUUUUCCACAUCAGCAAGUUACAAAAUCACCAGAAAACCAACAACUUCGAUUUCAACCACAGUGUCUACAGCUUUCACAUCCCGAAUGAUAUCUUAUAUCACAAGAACGAGAGACUUAGACAAAAAACCAUCUACCAGUACGUCUACUCGUUUCAAAAAGAAAACAAAGAACGCAGAUGAAACAACGCUUGUAAUUGCUACAUGUGGAAGCAUUGGAGCCCUACUUUUAGUUAUAGUCAUUUUUAUAGUUUUAUUUAGAGUGCUAGUAUACAGACCAAACCUUCAGCAGAUUCGACCUGAUGAUCAUUAGUCUCUACCAGAAUGUCAUGACAUGGAAAGAAAUGUAAAAUUUGAUGCAGGGCAUUUACAGUCAAGAACUCACAUUUCAGCAUAAUAAGAUCGAAAAGAACCGAACCUUAAACGUAUACGAUGCCGGCAAUAAAUCAGCCGCGUCACGACAAAACCAACAUAAUGGGUUUGCGCGGAUGCGCAGGCUGGUCUGGAUCCAUGUUGGUCGCAAACCCAUUAUGUUGGUUUUGUCAUGACGCGGCUCAAAUAUCAUUAUGGUUUGAAGAAGCUUUGAUUUUAAAAUUAACAAAAUGUUUAUGUAAAUUGUGAAGUAGAGAGUACUAUUCUAAAAAAAUGUUCAAGGACAAAUGAUCACAUCAUUAUAACAAAAAGAAUUGUGUUGUUAAAAGAAUUGUGUUGAACGAAUAUGGUUAUGAUGAUCUCGAGGAAUAUGCCAUUAGACACACCCUUUAAUCUUAAUUUAUCUUUUCAAUAAUUAAUGACAUAGUGAUUUUGUGCUCUCCAUUCAUCUGUUAGGAAUUGACACAUUUUAUCCAUAGUUAUAACUAUUGUCUUUGUCUUAUGUCUCAAAAGGUAUUUUUCUGGGACAAAACUGCCAGUAGUUUGUUUGUUAUUCUAAGUUUUCUACAUGUAUUUCUGUCAAAUAGCGUUUCCAUUUUUUCUAUUUAUCAUUUCUUUUUAGAAACAUUCAGUUAUUUUUGUUCAGUUUAAAUAAUUGAUUGAAUGAAAAAAUAUAUAUAUAAAAUAUAUAUGAAACAUUGACUUUGUGGGGAGGGAUGUUGUUAAUGUUGUUAUAACUUGUAGUCCGACUAAUUUGCACUAUAUGUUUGUAAAAAUAUGAUUUUGUAUUAUUCAUGGCACCUUCCAAUUAUAUAUAUAAUUAUAUAUUAAUAAAUUGCAAUAGAUUCAAACUGUAAAUCUACGCAAAUUUUGACCAUUUAGCGUGCGUUCUUUGGUUUAAUUUAAACGAUGUUUAUGUGAAAAAUACAUUUAUAGAGAUUAGAUUUUGUAAAAUAAAAAGGAGGAAAGCUUAAAUUUACGCAAUUAUCUUUAACUUUAACUCUGAUUUAAAUACUUCUUUGAAAUGUUGUUUUGAUAGCAUUGUAUCGAUAUAUCUUAUGUUUUAUUACCCGUCUAAUUAAAUGCACAUUCGUCUAGUCAAGUGCAUCUCAUUCGUCUUUGAACUUAAAAUCGCUUGCUAGAGGUUAAUCUGUGUACAUUUAUGACUUUGCAAUAAAACUUUUACUUGAUAUUAUCUGAAAGUAAACGUGCAUUUGUCAUUUACAGUUAAAGGGGUUUAUUUACGUAUGCUAUUACGCAUGUAGAAACAGUCUCAAUAAUUACUCUAUUUUAUAUUAAGUAGCAUUAAUGAAUGUUUUCUUAUCAAAAUAUAUGAUGCAAUAUAUCUUUUUUUUCUUGACAUUGACGUUAUAAAUGAUUGAGCUGUCUAGACGUUAGCACCAAGUUCUGAAGCCUACACCAUAAAUAAAUACUUAUAUUUUUUACAUUUCAUACAUUUUAAUGAGUACUGAUUUAAUUCUAAAGAAAGGCGAUCCAUUGGCUCACUAUAAUGACUAUGUAAAAUCAAUGUAUGAAAGAUAAAAAUGUAGAUAACAAUAACCGAAACCAGUUAUAAAUAGCUACACCUUAAACACUUAAUUUAUCAGAAAUGUCAAAGAUAGAUACUUGGAACCAUGAUUGUGCAAAUCUAUGUUCCCCUUUUGUUUAAACUCAAAUAACCAAUCCUCGGGAUUGGUAAUGUCAUAGCAGCAAUAAACAAACAAAUUUAAUAUUUUUCAUCCUGGUUUCUCUGAUAACAGCAUUUAGGAUAAUGAAUGUGGAUUAAAUAUAGUGCACGGUGCAUGGUGCAAACUGAUAACGCAUGUUUGUCAUUGUAUUUCUUCAAAUCAAUUGAUAUUGGUUUGAACGCUUGAACAUGUUAGCUACGACAUUUUAUGUUAUCUAUUAAAACAUUACAUGUUUGAAAUAAAGUGAAUGUGAAUAAAGUAAAAAGGAAGUUAUGUUUUUAAGACAAAUAGUAUUUAUUGUUUUAACUAUUAAUAUCUGCCGUGCAAAUUAUAGUAAUAAAUGGCUGAUAAAGGGGGAUUUAACCUAUGAAGAAAUACACAGGACAGCUGAAAGGUUUGGUUUUCAAGUUCUUAAGAAGCUUAGAACAGAACAUUAUGUUUUAACAAGAGAUGACGUUUCCAAAUAUUCAAGGCAUAGGUCUGAUUUUCAUACAAAACUACUUAAAGAACAUGGCAAGAUAUCGUUUGUUAAACAAGAACAAUGGACGAAGGUAAAUCGUAGAGCAAUUAAUCUGCCACCACAGGAUGAGAAAUGGAAACAAAUGUGGUACAUAAACGAAAUGACAAACGUCAGCCUCGGGAUUUUACAAGCCUGGAAGUCAAACUACACAGGAAAAGGUGUGGCCAUCUCCAUAGUAGACGACGGCGUUGACUAUAAGCAUAUAGAUCUCAUAAAUCGCUAUGAUAGUGUCCAUAGUAAAGAUGUCUACGAUGACGACGGUGACCCAACACCAAUAGGAAAAAACUUCAGCCAUGGAACAAAGUGUGCUGGUAUGGCACUAGCAACAUCAAACAAAGAUUGCGUGGUUGGCGUGGCACCUGAAGCCAAUCUUAUAGCAAUUAGAAUGAUCGGACCUCGGGGAGUUUUACCAUCUGGUCAAAUUGAAGGUUUAGACAAUGAAUUUGCGCACAUAUCGUCAAACAGCUGGGGUGGAGUUGAUUUAACUUUUGAUGAACCUUCAUCUCAAAUAAAAGAAGCACUUAAAGUAGGUGUCACAAAAGGUCGCUCUGGUAAAGGAGUAGUUUAUGUUUUCGCUGGAGGCAAUGGAGGUUUUGAUGAUAACUGUAACACUGAUGGAUAUGUAAACAGCAUCUACACAAUUGGAAUAAACAGUGUGACCAUUGACAAUGAUUAUCCCGGUUAUGCUGAACCUUGUACUGCCAUCCUUGCAAGCGCAUACUCUGGAAAUUCUUUUAGCGAUAUGUGUGCAACUGAUAUCAACCAAGGGUGUGUAACAGAUUUCACUGGAACUUCAGCUUCAGCACCAUUGGCAUCUGGACUUCUUGCACUAGUUUUACAAGCAAAACCAGAUCUACACUGGCGUGAUAUACAAGAACUUAUUGUAAGAACAUCAAAGACUGGUAGCUUAAAAUACGGAGAAUUCAAGACAAACGCUCUGGGAAGAAAAGUCAGUGAUUGGUUUGGGUAUGGGCUUUUAGAUGCAAAUAAUCUUAUCAAGACAGCUCGAAAUUGGACAAGUUUGCCAAAACAGAAUAUGUGCGACAGACCCUUUGAAACGGUGAACAGCAAAAUUAACAAAGGAGACAAAUCAAGGAUUAUAGAAAAGAUUGUAAUAAUGGACGGUUGCAACGACACUUGGAAAUGUGUAAACAGUAUAGAACAUGUGGAGGUUCAAGUAAAAUUUGACUUCACCCAAAGAGGCGCAGUAGAACUGAAAAUACAGUCACCCUCUGGUACAGAAAGCAGAUUGUUGAGGCCAAGAAAUGGGGACACAGCAACAGACGGCACUCAGGACUGGACAUACAUGUCUGUACAGCACUGGGGUGAAAAUCCAAUUGGUUCUUGGAAGCUGAUCUUCUCAAUGAAUUCAAAUAUAAAUGCAGCAGGAACGCUGAUUGGAUGGAAAUUGAUAUUGUAUGGCACUGGUGUAGGCUGUACAAAACCACGUAAGCCAGUUUCUCCCCAAUACACCAAGCAUAAACCAUUUACACCACCACUUACGUUUUCAACUACCAAAAAGAAAACCAAGUAUAAACCAAAACCAACUGAUGUGUAUGUGUGUGAUAUAACCAACAAGGAAAGACUUUUAAAAAUUGUUGGAUCUAUAGUUGGGACAUUCUCUACAACGGCACUUGUUAUGGCGAUAAUUCUUGUCUUUUACGUUCGAAGGAAAAUACGUACUCGUAAAGAGAAGCAGUCCAGUCACAUCAACAAAACGGACGUAGUAAAGCAAAUUAAGGCAUAGCGUUUCAGAAGGACCUUAGUAAAUGAUUGUCAAAGGACACAAUUUUAAGAAUGUGAAAUAUUAUCUACUCAUAUUCAAUAUUUAGCUGGUGGUUAUGAUGUGAUAUCGACGCAAUGAAUUUUCUUAUCAGUACAUAUCAAUCUGACAAAAGUUCAGAUUUACUUAUUUCUUACACGUAGAUCUGAUUGCCACCGUAUAGGUUUCGCUCUCAUUAUGAUUCGGCUUUCCCCGUAAAAUAUAUUUUUAGCCAUGCAAUGGAACCGGUUCAUUAGAAGAAGUAUCAAAAUAUCGUUGCCCGUGGAAGUAAAAGAAAUCAUUGAUUUGUGUUCGGAAAAAAAUGUUUGAAGUGAUUUGAAACAAGUAAAAUUGAAAUAAUAGAUUCAUUUUUUAAUGGGCAAGAUUGUUGCAGGUUAUAUGGAAAACGCCGUGUUUGUUCUCUCGAAAUCGUGACUAUUGGUUUUCAAGCGGUUAAAAUUAACAAACGCAUCGCUUUCAGUAUUGUGAAAGUCACGAGAAGGUUACAACCUACCGGUGAUCGUCAGAUCUUUGUGUGAAGGGUUAUGAAGGAGCUUAUUUUUACCAGAUUGCAGUACAUAUCACAACAUAUUCAAUAGUCCAUACCUGUUUUAUAAUGAGCUCAUGGUAGUUUAAGGGUCUCUGCCAUGAAAAUAUGGUAACAAUAAUCUGAGAUGUUAUGAAUGAAUAUAAGCAAUACUAAAUAUGUGCUUUUUGAAUACGAUGCAAACUGACGUUUUUCCGAGCUAUCAAAAGUACUUACCGGAAACACUCGUUGCAAAGUAUUUUUUUAUAAUAUUAAUUGACAUUUUAUUUAAGUUCUACUUUUGUACUUACAUACUUUGCAUAAAUAAUUUUUAUAAUAAUCUUUUAUUUACUUUGAUUUUCAAACAUUACCGUCCAUUUUAUUAUUAUUAUUUUAUUUAUUUUUAUUAUUAUUAUUUUUUUUUUUUUUAUUACUUGAUAUUUAUUUUUUUAAUUUAUUUUUUUAAUUUAUUUUUUAAUUUAAUUUAGAAAAAAACCUUGAAAUAGCUGUGCAAAAAUACACUAUGAAUACCCUUUACAACGUGUAUUGACAGGAAACUUAAAAAUAAGUAAUAAUAAGUGCUUCAAUUCAUCUUUAUAUUACUGAAUUUUCUUUUCUUCAUUUUCAGUCUAUUUUUUAUUGUCUUCAAUAAAUGAUCUAUCCGUUCAGAAUUCACAUUAUAAAUUUAAUAUUAUAAUACUUAUUAUGCAUGUACCGGUAUAUUUAUAAUAAAUAAAAGUAUUAGUAUGGUGAGUGGUUGGCGCUUCGGACUAGUCAUGUGGUUGGCGCUUCGGACUAGUCAUCUAUUUAAACCCCGUCAGGGUCAAGCCAUUAUUUUCUUGAGCAAGAAACUUAGCACUAAAUGAAUAAUCCGAGACCACAAAACAACGGAAUCACUAUGGUGAGAGGUCGAAAGUACGAUGACGAUGAUACUAUAUUAUACCGAGUUUUCACCAUCGUGUUUUUUUUUUUUGAUUUGUUGUUUGUUUAUUUUUCGACAUUUAACUAUCAUAAAUUCGUUUUAACGUUGUUUCGCGUUAUGUGUUUGUCACUAUGGCUCUAAUGGGACAUCGUGGAAAUCAGAAGAAUACUUUCUGGAAGAAAAUAUUUCCCUUGUUUAGCGUUUAUUUAGGGCAUGUUUCACUUAUUUCUUUAAGAAAAAUGCAAAUUACGUUCAUUUUAUGUACUAGUAUUCUGUAACUAUUUAAAUAAUUAGAUAAACAAUAAUUUUGUAAUCCGGAAAUGUAGGCCUAAAGCUUUAUACACUAGUAUGAAAUGCAUACACUAUUUUAGAUAUAUGUACUAACUAGUAUGUCCCUAUACGUGUUUGAAUUUGGGUCAUACCGCUCAUUUAGGCAAAGAUGUUUUGGCCCGAACACCAUCCUUUAAUUAAUGUUUGUUCAAACUUCGGUUUUACAUCGGUUUUUGAGAAACUAUUUUGUGCUUAUAUAAAACAAUUCACGGUUACCAAACAUUGCUCAAGCCGAAAGAAGACACGGAGCGGGAGAUGGGUGUCGUAACCCAAUUACUUUUCCAUAAUUAGAAUAUGUGACCAAUUGUUUAGGAGUCCAAUGCUGUAUCCAUUGACCACUGACACCGUAAGCUUUAUGUUACUAAAGUAUUGGCUGAGUAUACUCUUGCUUCGUCAUAGAUAUAAAUGUGGAUCAUAUAUAUAACAGAAAAAAAUAGAUGCGACAAAUGUAAGAUAUACAACACUUGAAAAAUUCAACAUAACCACAAAACUCGCAUUAGA